CUUGGCCAAGGCACGGCAAGCAGGCAAUUCUUAGAAAAAGCAGCUUGCCAAAGCCGUAACUUGCUCCUCCCAGUUCCUCCAGUUUUGUUGUUGAUAAGCAGUGUCUGGCUUUGCAGGCAAAGUCAAGCCACAGCUCAGGGCUGACACAGGUCUAAUACUGAAACAACUGAUUCUGGUGCCUCACUUCUUCAAUGCUCUGGAAAGCCAGCCUUCCUCUGGUCUGGGCCCAGGAUCUGGAUGAGCAAGUGGAGACACUAGCAAUAGCGAUGCAUCCAGUCCUAAAGGCCUUUGUGUGCGGCUCCAUCAGUGGCACUUGUUCCACGCUCCUCUUCCAACCCCUUGACCUGCUGAAAACCCGCCUGCAAACUCUGCAGCCUGCUGUGAAUGGGUCUGGUCGUGCUGGGAUGGUAACGCUGCUCUUUAGGGUUGUUCGUACUGAGAGUAUUCUGGGGCUCUGGAAAGGUGUCUCUGCAUCUUUUGCAAGAUGUAUUCCUGGAGUUGGGAUUUACUUCAGCACUUUGUACACGAUGAAGCAAAAGUUUCUUGUGGACCGUUCACCCACUGCCCUGGAGUCUGUCUUUCUGGGUGCCACCGCUCGUGCAGUUUCUGGGAUUUGCAUGUUGCCAGUGACUGUAGUGAAAACCCGAUAUGAGAGUGGAAGAUUUGGCUAUGGGAGUGUGUAUGGAGCUCUGAAGAAUAUCUAUCAGACCGAAGGGACUCGUGGCAUGUUCAGUGGGCUCACGGCAACGCUGCUGCGGGAUGCGCCCUUCUCUGGCAUCUACCUGAUGUUCUACACACAGACCAAAAACCUCACACCGCAGGACCAGUUGGAUCCAAUGCUCGUGCCCUUGCUGAAUUUUGGCUGUGGGAUCUUUGCGGGAAUCUUGGCCUCUCUGGCAACGCAGCCUGCUGAUGUCAUCAAAACACACAUGCAGCUGUCACCUCAAAAGUACCACAGGACUAGCCAGGCCAUUGCUUUUAUCUACAAGGACUUUGGGCUGGUUGGCUUUUUCCGAGGUGCUGUGCCCCGAGCCCUCAGGCGCACUCUGAUGGCAGCAAUGGCAUGGACGGUGUAUGAACAGAUGAUGGAAAAAAUGGGCUUGAAGUCCUGACUGAGCUGCACGAGAAAGGACCGGCUUCACUCCUUCUCCUGUUUGCUGUGAUCAACUGGCGCUGAGAAGUUCCCAGUUCCACAGAGGAAUAAGCCUUCCUCAGUCAGGAGGAAGAAAGCCCUUCUGAGACAGGGGAUUAGGCCUUUUGGCAAGUAGAGGAAAGGAAGGAUUGGAUCUUUGCAUUGUUUGAUCAAUGCGUUCCAGAAGGGCUGCACUUGCAGACUGCCAUGGGAAAUGGCAGGGUUUUCACAGCCUGGUAACUAUGCUGAGAAGCCCCUUUUAAAAAUAACUCUGUGCUCACCACCUUUAUGCAAUGAGACAGUAUUAGAGCAAAAGCAUUUGAGGAGAAAACAGUGAUGGCAGAACCUGGCAGUUUCUGCUGGCAUGGCCAGAAAGACCACAGUGACCACCAUCUGAUAAAGAUCCUCCUUCCUCAUAUGCUUCAUUCUCACAGGGAAACACUAGGCCCUGAUGGGAAACUGGAUCUGUCUUGUAAUGCUUAUAUUACAGGAGUGGGUGGAAGAGAAAUGAAGUGUAGAGGAAAAGCUACAAAUAUUGUCUCUGCCAUCGCUUUUCUACUGUGGGUGAUUACUGAGAAAGUAACUGGAACCACCUUGCUGUGAUAUGUGUUAUUAUGUGAUUGAGCAUCUUAACACUCUUGAAACAUCCUUCUGCCUCUACAGCAGAGUUUGCACAGGAAUUAAGAAGCAUAAGGCACUUUAGAAUUGAUUGCUACCAAAGUUCAACUUGUUCUCUGAAAAAAAAAUGCUGCUGGUCUAACUAUAGCAGGAACACUCAAGUGGGUUUUGUUGGGGUUUUUUUAUGCAGUUGUCAUAGAGACUUACUUGCUUCCUAUUCCUUAUUUGUUAAUCCCUGAUCAACACCCUCAAGUGUGGUCGUUAGAUGUAGCUUCUAGGGCCAUGGCUCAUAAUGUAUAAACAUAUAAUGGAAACAGGCACUUCAGAUUUCCCUUGAAACAUUGCUGAUUGCAUGUGGAAUAUGUUUUGGUUUGGAAAGAAAAGGUUGCUGCUUCUGUAAGCUUUUUCCAAAGUCUGAGCC